AUGAGCUCGCUUGCCGACGAACUCCUUGCCGACCUUGACGGCCUUUCUGGAGACGAAGAUCAGUAUGAGGAAGAGCCACAACCAGAGGCAAGCGCGUCGGUCUCCGCCGGAGUGAAGCGCAAAGCAUCGGGCUCCGACGACGAAAUGUCCGAAGGCGAAGGCGACGAGGAAGGCGGUAACGAAAAGGUUGGCAGCCUAGUGCUGGAUGGAGGUGUCAAGCCAGCGGAAGAGCUCGACGCGGAAGAGGUUCAGCGUAUGGAGCUCGGCGCGGUGGAGGAUGUGCGGAAAGUGGCACGGCUAGAAGGAAGCAAGAGGAUGAACGAUAUUCUGAAGGAGAUUGAGAAGUACGAGAAUAGCCCAAGCACUGCGGAGCAGAUGGCGAUGCCUACGCACUCGAAUCCCGAGUACAAUCUCAUCGUUCAAGCGAAUAACCUUUCCGUGGAUGUUGACAAUGAAAUCAUGGUGGUCCACAAGUUCAUUCGGGAUCAUUAUGCUCCAAAAUUCCCGGAACUGGAACAGCUCGUUGCGGAGCCCGCCAUGUACAUUCGUUCGGUGCGUGCCCUUGGUAACGCUGAAGAUCCCACGAAAGUCGACUUGCAAGGUGUCCUUCCUCCCGCCAUCAUUAUGAGUGUACUAGUGACCGCCACUACGACCGCUGGACAACCUCUGUCGGACGCGGAAUGGGAGGCCGUACAACGAGCAUGCGACCUUGCCGACCGUCUAGAGGAGGCACGAAAGAAGAUCUUCAUGUACGUCAGCUCACGAAUGAAUAUGCUUGCACCCAACCUAUCCGCUAUUGUUGGGACCACCACAGCCGCGAAACUGCUCGGUGUCGCCGGCGGUUUGUCAGGUGUCGCCAAAAUGCCGUCGUGUAAUGUCUACCUUCUUGGUGCGCAGAAGAAGAUCGCCGCCGGGUUCUCGUCAGUCACGCAACGGAGGCAUACCGGCUUCGUCUUUCAGUCUGAUAUCGUUCAAGGCACACCACCCGAGUACCGUAUGAAGGUCCAGCGCACCGUCGGCGCGAAGUGCACAUUGGCCGCCCGCAUGGACCUCGAGAGAUCUCGCAGGGACGGCUCGUACGGCGAACAGCUGCGAGACAAGAUUGAGAAGCACAUCGACCGUCUCGCCGCCCCACCCCCGUCCAAGAUCACCAAAGCGCUUCCCAUCCCGAACGACGGCCCGAAGAAGCGUCGUGGUGGUAAACGCGCGCGCAAAGCCAAGGAGGCGUACGCGUCGACGGAGCUCCGCAAGCUGCAGAACCGCAUGGCGUUCGGCGAGGCCGAGGAGGAAGUUGGCGCGUUCGACCAGACCAAGGGCCUCGGCAUGAUUGGCACCGGCAAGGUGCGGGCAGGUGUCGGCGAGGCCAAGAGUCGAGCGAAGCUGUCGAAGGCCAACAAACUGCGGAUGGCCACGCUCACCAGGGCAGCGCAAGGCGGCGGCGCAUCGACGUCAGGGACGGCGACCUCGUUGACGGUGACCCCUGUGCAAGGCUUCGAGCUGACCAACAAGGCUGCGGCCGCGGCACGCGUGAAGGAGGCCAACGAGCGUUGGUUCUCGAACGGCACGUUCUCGUUCGUCGGUCAGAAGGGCAGCAAGUAG